UGGUUUGGGUUGUGGACACGCCCCGGUUGGUGGCCCAGCAGGCUAUAAUAGGAGAGACGAGGGCGCUGUCUGCCGCGGUGUGUUCCGGAAGAGCAGCAGCGCAAGCCUCCACUCACCUGUAUCACCUCCUCGGCAGAACCAGCAGAAUGGCAUACCACCCUGAGUUUCAGAUGGCAGGAAAGAAACCUGGCCUGCAGGUGUGGCGGGUGGAGAAAAUGGAUUUCAAAGCGGUGAAGUGUCAGUUCUAUGGGAAAUUCUACAAUGGUGAUACUUACAUCGUUCUCAAAACCCACUCCCAUUGCUCUUACAACAUCCACGCCUGGAUAGGAGAGCAGGCUUCCCAGGAUGAGCGAGGGGCUGUUGCUAUAUUCAUGACUCAGAUGGACGACUACCUUAACGGAGUCCCCGUACAGUUCACGGAAUAUCAGGGCAAAGAGUCUGAAGAGUUUCAAAGCUACUUCAAGCAUGGCGUCGUCUACAUGACAGGAGGAGUUUCGUCUGGAUUUAACCAUGUGGAACCAAACGUUUGUGACAUCAUGCGUCUUCUGCAUGUGAAAGGUCGCCACCGGAUCAGGGCGACUGAAAAGCCUCUGAACUGGGACCAGUUCAACACAGGCGACAGCUUCAUCAUCGAGCUGAAGAAGGACAUCUACCUCUGGUAUGGCUGUGAGAGCAACCCCUUUGAACGGAUUAAGGCUUCUGAGAUAGCCAUCGACAUCAGAGACCUGGAGAGGAUGGGUCGCUCUGAAUUGCAUUUCAUCUGCGAAGGCAAAGAGCCAGAUGCUGUCAUUGCGGUGCUUGGACCCAAACCCAGUCUGCCGCCAGCGAGCUGUGACGAAGUUGCUGAUCGGUUCCACAAGAAGGCUUCUCUCCACAUGGUCUCCAGUGAUUCAGGUGGCAUGACCACGACCUUGGUGGCCAAUUGCAACCCAUUCAAGCAAAACAUGCUCAACCCGAAUGAUUGCUAUGUUCUGGACAGCCCAAGCAGGUUAUUUGUCUGGAAAGGAAAGCAAGCAAGUCAAGAGGAGCGCAAGGCUGCACUGAGAACUGCCCAAGCUUUCAUCAAGAAGAACAAUUACCCUGAAAAUACUCCGGUCACGUUGAUGCCACAAGGAUGUGAGAGCGCCCUAUUCAAGCAGUACUUCCCCAGUUGGCUGGAUAAAGAUGAGAGCACUGGCCCGACCAAAGCUUACACCAUCGGCUCCAUCGCCAAAGUGGAGCAGGUCCCCUUUGAUGCGAGUCAACUGCACAGCAACAAGCAGAUGGCUGCUCAUCAUGGAAUGGUGGAUGAUGGUUCAGGGACUGUCCAGAUCUGGCGUGUGGAAGGCUGCGAUAAAGUGCCUGUGGACCCAAAAAUGUAUGGGCAGUUCUUUGGAGGAGACAGCUACCUGAUCCGCUACAGCUACAAUGACGGAACCCCAAAAUAUGUCAUCUACAUGUGGCAAGGGCUGAAAUGCAGCCUGGAUGAAAGAGGUGGAUCAGCGAUCCUGGCUGUCGCUAUGGAUGAUGAGUUGGGCGGAGUCGCUACGCAAGUCCGAGUGAUUCAGGGUCAUGAACCCCCGCACCUUUUGUCGAUAUUCAAAGACAAGCCUUUGAUCGUUUACCUGGGCGGAACGUCCCGCAAGCUGGGCGAGAGCAAGCCAAGUAGCACCCGCCUCUUUCACAUCCGCAUGAAGUCCAACAAACGCUGCUAUGCUGUGGAGGUGCUUUCUGAUUCCGCAAACCUCAACACCAACGAUGUUUUUGUGCUGAAGUCACCUGAAUUCAAUUGCCUUUGGAAAGGAAAGGGAUCCAAACCAGAAGAAAUGUCUGCAGCCAAGUUUGUGGCCAGUGUGCUUGGAGGGAGUUUCACUGAGAUCUCUGAAAAUAAGGAGCCAGCGGCUCUCUGGGCUGCACUGGGUGGGAAAAAAAGUUACCAAACUUCCCCAAUGCUGCAGAACACACUCAGGCCUCCAAGACUCUUCGGUUGCUCAAACAAGACUGGCAGAACAAUUGCAGUGGAGAUUGCUGGUGACUUUACCCAGAGGGAUUUGGCGCCCGAUGAUGUGAUGAUUCUGGACGCUUGGGAUCAAAUCUUUGUUUGGGUCGGGAAAGAUUCCAACGAUUGCGAGAAGUCUGAAUCCUUCAGGAUCGCCAAAGAGUACGUGGACGUCGACCCUGCUGGACGUCAAGACAUCCCUGUUACCACCAUCAAGCAGGGAGAGGAGCCGCCCUCCUUCACUGGCUGGUUCCACGCUUGGGAUUCCAAGAUGUGGGAAAAGGAUCCGUUCUCCUCCUUGCUCGCCCGUUUUCAAUAGUUUUCUUAAUUAUCAACCAAGCAAAAGCAACUUACCAUUAUAUGCAUUCACUUACUGUCUUUCUUGCUAUUAUUAUCCUGCAUUAUACUUUGAGCUCCAGAUAUCAAGGUCUCGUAUUUAGUAACAUUUAACAUGCCAUCUACUCAAGCGCAACAAUUAGCAUCCUUUUUUGACGAUUUCAAGUGAAUGACAAGUCAUGAAGUUCAGAUUUAUACCGUAGUUAUGUAAUAAAAUGAAGUGGACUCUGAUGAUACAGCCAAAUAGAAUUAGUGCAAGUAAAAGUGUAAGCAUGGAAAUGCAUUUGUGCUUAUAUGGGUUUAAGGAGAAGUUUUGUAUGAAGAGAUGAAAGUGGUGGAUUAUUUAGUAGGCACAUGAUGUUAAGGAAGAAAAUCCGCAAAUCUAUUUCUGUAGUGUUAAUCUUGACAUAUUCAUAGCAGAAUAAAUAGCAAUAAAAUAUAUUUGUUUCUAAUGUAGAGAUAUGAAUACCGUUGGUGUCUCUUUUCUAAGUGCUCUGACUUAAAUAGCAACUUGUCAUGCUAAUAAAUAAACAUUGAC